GCCCCAGAUGUUUACCCCUUCCUGCCCAGUGCCAUUAGUACAGUGUCAGUGCUUUUUAUUAGCACUGAUCAGUGUAUUGGUGUCACUGGGGAUGUCAGUGACACCAAGUCAGUUCCCCUCAGUGUAAGAAUGCCCACCGAAGUCCUGCUAUAAGUCGCUGAUCGCUGCCAUUACUAGUAAAAAUAAAAAUGCCAUUAUAUAUACCGCCAUUUGUAGAUGCUAUAACUUUCACGUAAACCAAUUCAUUUACACAUAUUAGGAUUUUU